CAGACUCAUCGGAUUUGAAAUGUGUCUGGCACAAUAAUAAAUUUGAAAAGAAAUAGAAAUUGAAAAAAAAAUAUGGAAAAAUGUCAAGAAAUGGACGUUGAUGAGGACGUUUUUGAUUUUCUACCAUCAGUUCUACGAAAGUAUAUGAUUUACCAUUGUCGAAUUUAUACGAAUGCACAGCAUUUUAGUGAUUUUAUCAUAACCGGCGGUCAAGAUGCAGUUUUGUACGAAGUCAAUGGAAAAAAUAUUCUGUCUUCAUUUCAUCUAAGUGAUACAAUUUUCAAAGAUAUUGUGCUACCAAAAUCGAUGAUGACAAAUCAAACGCCGAAUAUUUUAUUCAAUGCAUACUAUUCGUAUAAGAAAAAAGAGAAAGAACAAUUUUUAUUUUUGCGCAUUGAUCAUGGUCUAAUUGUACUUGGAAGAGCCAAUCAACAACUCAUAGUUCACCGCCAAUUCUCAAAUAUUAGCAAUUAUUUAAUCCACGACAAAAAUUGUACCGGCGAACCAAGUGUAGAGGUUAUUUAUCGAAAUGGGCCAUCCGAAGAGUUUGAAUUAAUUUCAUUGAGCUAUUCGAGCAAAGGUAUUGAUCUUCGUUUAAUGAUCGAUGGUGAACAGUAUUUUGAGAAAAUCACACAAGAGUUGGAAGACCGUGUUGCAAAAGAAAGUUCCAAUUUGGCUAACAUAAACAUACAAAUUCAAAAGGAGUCAGAUGCAUUGCAUACAUAUCAGCAAACUGUUGAGCAAAAUUCCGAGAAUUUUGGAAUUUUAUCAAGAUAUGGUGACUAUUGGAUACGAAAUGUAAAUGGUCAGAUUCUGAUUGGCAUACCAGUCAUCAAUUCCUCGACGAAUAAAAAUCUGGUUGAACGAAUUCGAGGGUCGGUGUUUGUAUCAAAUCAGCCGCAAUUCGUCUACACACACAAACUGUAUACAUUUCAAACAGAGAAUGCGUCCAUUGAACCGUUAAAAUUGCAAGAGAUUUGCGAACAAUUCAACGAACCAAAUGAUUAUGAUUCUGAACCAUCCGAUGACAAACCGACAGAUUUGAUUUUCAACCAUGAAUGGAUUCAUCAAAAGCAGCAUGUACUUUAUCCGGACAAGGCAGCCGUCAUUAUUAUCACAAUGGACUUGAAUGAAUUUACGAUAGCUUCAAAAGGCUAUGACUAUGACAUAUUUUUGAUAUAUAACGUAUUUUUGGAAAGUGGCUUAUGGAAGGAGUUUCAAACACACAUUACCACUGUUAACAUCGAUGCAGAUAUUUUUCAUGAUAAACGAUAUUUUGUCAAUUUUGAUACGACAAAUUUGUUUCGAGAUCUGUUGGCUGUGAUUGCGACAAGCGAACGACAGAUGUUUCGCAUUAAUUUUAAUGAUGACACACUGAUGAUGCAAUUAACUGAAUUCCUAUUGAGACGCCUUUCGUUCGAUAAUAUUUCAACCGCUGUCAGCAUUGAUGAUAAUUAUCAUCAAUUUACGUUAUCACAAAAUUUGUCAUCAGCAUUGUCAUCCGGCCAUUUUGAAGAAGACCAUCAAAUACUUUAUUGUCCACAAGAUGGAUAUUGGUAUGGUAUGCUAAUUCGCAUUCGGAACUUUACAAAUGCAGUAAAAAGUGUCGAUUCAAGCAAUACCUAUGAAAUUAAAUUAUACAAUAGGGAUUUGACUAAGAUACAAAACUUAAUUGCAACAUUUCACAAUGAAUUUGGUCGAAAAAUCGUAAUCGAACCAUUACAUUGCCCAAAUCGUCAAUCUUCACUGGAGCUCGAACUUCGGCAUCAAUUGCGUGAUGAAUACAAUGCACUGGAUGAAUUAUCGCGUCACAUAAAAUUCAAAACGAACAAAGUGAACAAACUCUAUAACAAAUUCAUCACGUCUCAAUAUCGUACCGAUGCCAUUUGGACCGAUUUAAUUCAUAAAUGAAACUAAAUCAUUCAAUGAUUUUCGUACUUCAAAUUUCUUUUAUUUUAUUAUUGUUAUUACUUCUUUUUUGUUUGUUUUCAUUCAUUUUUUCCCUUUUGAUUGUUUGCAGCAAUAAAAGUUUUAAAGCCCCAAAACGAUCAACGUUAAA